UGAGUGAGAGUUCGACUUUGCCCUACUGUUCUCUUUCUCUUAUCAAGCCAGCCCGCCGCGCGAGCAACUCCGAAGUCUCUGCUCCAGCAGCGCCGAUUUUCUACAAGAAUGCUGGCUUCGUCGCGCUCCGAGAAGGAGAAGGCUGUGAACGUCCAGGUCCUCCUGCGUUGCAGACCUUUCAGCGAGGAUGAGCUUCGGAAUAAUGCCCCGCAAGUUGUUACCUGCAACGAAUUCCAAAAGGAGGUGGCUGUUUCUCAGGCAAUCGCUGGGAAGCAGUUUGACAGGGUGUUCACGUUUGAUAAGGUCUUUGGUCCUUCUGCUAAACAAAAGGACUUGUAUGAACAAGCCAUUACUCCAAUUGUAAAUGAGGUCUUGGAGGGUUUUAAUUGUACAAUUUUUGCAUAUGGUCAAACAGGCACUGGGAAGACAUAUACUAUGGAAGGAGAGUGCAGAAGAGCUAAGAAUGGACCGAAAGGUCAGUUACCUUUAAAUGCAGGUGUCAUUCCUAGAGCUGUCAAACAGAUUUUCGAUGCAUUAGAGUGUCAGCACACUGAAUACAGUGUGAAAGUUACCUUUCUCGAGUUGUAUAAUGAAGAAAUCACUGAUUUGCUGGCUCCAGAAGAGUUAUCUAAAAUUGCUUUGGAGGACAAGCAGAAAAAGCAAUUACCGCUCAUGGAAGAUGGAAAAGGAGGAGUUUUAGUAAGAGGCCUAGAGGAAGAAAUAGUAACAAGUGCUGAUGAAAUAUUUUCUCUUUUAGAGAGAGGGUCUUCAAAACGUCGAACUGCUGAGACAUUACUGAACAAACAAUCCAGGUUAGUGCUUUUACUUGUUUUUUUUUUAAUUGUUUUGAUUUCAUUUGUUACUUAUUCAAAACAUUAUGCCUAUUUCAGUCGAUCACAUUCCCUCUUUUCAAUUACCAUUCACAUUAAAGAGGCAACUCCAGAAGGUGAAGAGCUUAUUAAAUGUGGGAAGCUAAAUCUUGUGGAUCUUGCGGGUUCUGAAAACAUUUCUCGAUCAGGCGCUAGAGAGGGUCGUGCAAGAGAAGCUGGGGAGAUAAAUAAAAGUUUACUCACACUAGGUCGUGUUAUAACAGCACUUGUAGAGCAUCUUGGUCAUAUUCCAUACAGGGAUAGUAAGUUGACACGCUUGCUACGUGACUCAUUAGGUGGGAGGACUAAGACAUGCAUAAUUGCCACGGUCUCACCAUCUGUACACUGCCUUGAGGAGACACUUAGCACUUUAGAUUAUGCUCAUAGGGCUAAGAAUAUAAAGAAUAGACCUGAGGUAAAUCAAAAAAUGAUGAAGUCAACAUUAAUAAAGGAUCUAUAUGGUGAAAUAGAUCGCCUUAAAGCAGAGGUUUAUGCUACUCGUGAAAAAGUUGGAGUUUACAUUCCAAAAGAGAGGUACUACCAAGAGGAGGCUGAAAGAAAGGCAAUGGCAGAGCAAAUUGAACAAAUGGGCGUGGUGCUCGAAAGCAAUCAAAAGCAAAUAUACGACCUUCAAGGAAAGUACGAUUGUCAACUACAACAAUCUGCUAAUCUUAGUAAAAAGCUUGAAGCUACGGAGAGGAGCUUGGAUCACGCUAGCAAACUACUAGCCACUACAAAGGAAGAUCUGCAACAUGCCAAUUAUCAAUUGAAGGAGAAAGAUUUUGUUAUUGCAGAACAACGGAAGGCAGAGAAUGCUUUGGCACAUCAAGCUUGCGUUUUGAGGUCUGACUUAGAGAAAUCUAUCCAGGACAAUGCCUCAUUAUUUUCUAAAAUAGCUAGAGAAGACCAACUAAAUUCUACAAAUAGGUCAUUAGUUGACAAGUUUCAAGCUAAUCUGGCAGAGAGAAUCAGCACUAUUUGCAACCUUCUAGUUUCAUCCAUUAAACGACAAAAUAAACACCUACAGUCAAUUGAGAAUCUUAGCAAGUCAUGUUUAGAUUUUCAUGAUAAGGCACUAAGUGAAUUGAAAAAGAAGGUUUCUGCAUCAAGGGUAAUGUACGCUUCUCACAUAGAAGGAAUACAGAAUACAAUUUGUUUGAACAAGGCAACAAAUAAUGCAAGUCUGGAGGAGCUGUCAAAUAGUGCUUAUGAAAAUAGUUGUUCUCUUGACCAUCUACUUGCUCUAGGUGGAGCUGAUGCAAACUUGAUUUUCACUGAUCUACAAGGCACAUUAUCUAAUCUCAGAGGAGAAAUUGCACAAUUUGCACGGGAGCUUCGUGAGAGAUUCAAUGCAAGUUCGGAUCAUACAAAGGAGAUUUCCUGCUUUGUUUUUGAACUUAUUGACGAAUUAAGAGAAAAAUCUAAGAAGCUUCAGUGUCAUUCAAUUUGGGUUCAUGCAGUUCAAACCCACAGCAUUGCUGAAUUUCAAAAUGCCUAUGAGGAGCAAACAAGAUCUGAGACGGAGAAGCUUAUAGCUCAAGUGACAACGUUGGUUUCCGCUCACAUGAAUCGACAGAAAGAACUGGUUGAUGCAAAGCUCAAUGGGUUGAGAGAUACCGCCAUGGAGAACAAAAUAUUCCUAGACAAACACACAUCUUCUACGGCAAGUGUAACUGGCGAUGCCAAGAGGAAAUGGGAGGAAUUUUACAUGCAGAUGCAGCAUGAUUCCAAGGAUGGCUCUGACUUCUCUAGUGUAAAGCACUGUCGAUUGGAAGCCAUUCUUCAACAAUGCGUUAACACUAGCGAUACUGCAUCUCAACAGUGGCAGAAGGUCCAUGCAUCUGCAAGUGAAAUGAGCACCAAGAAUGUCAAAGACAUGGAGGCUCUUGUUAGGAACGCAAUGGAGAGCAAUGAGCAACAUGAUGUAGAGAUUGAUACCUUGCGUAUGUUAGCAGAGGAAGAUGCCAAGAGGAAUAGCACAGAUAUCAUUAAUCACAUUGACACUUUGUUGGAAUAUGAGAGGGAAUCAAUAUCUGGGGUGAUGGAAGCAGUGGAAGCUCACUCUUCAUGUCUACAGGAGCUUAGCGAAGAUCAUAAUGGCUUGGCUUCAAGUAUCAACUGCCACGCGAAAACAACUUUCCAGCAUGACUAUAUGGUUUAUGAGCCAAGUGGUGAAACUCCAUUGAGAUCUGAGCCAGAUGUGCCUACUAAGGGGACCAUUGAAUCACUUCGAACAAUGCCAAUGGAUGUCCUCCUUGAGGAGUUCAGAGAGAACAAUCCAUAUGAAUCCAGUAAGGAGCCCAAGCCUUCACUUAUUCCUCGCUCUCCCCUCAUCCAGCUGAACUAGGAAGGAAUUCAUGUUUGUUUGUUUUUUAUAUAAUAUAAUGGUGUUUUUCUAUGCUGAAUUCUAAGUGCUGGGAGUUUACUCAGCUCCCUUGUUUAUGUAGAGAUGGGGGAAAAUUUGUGUAUUAGAAGACAGAUGUCUUGAUUAAUUGACUUAAGUAUGAUUUGUUGUCAA